CCAGGGCGGCCGGCAGCGGCCGAGCCCCCCCCCCCCCCCGCCCCGGGCCCCGCGGGGCGAAUGAAGGCGCAGGGGAGCGCGGGGCAUCGCCCGGGGCAUCGCCCGGGCGGCGGCGGCGGCGGCAUCACUAUGGUCCCCCUGGGCAGGCUGCUGCGGCUCCUGACUCUGAUGAAGUUGCCCUGCUGCCUGCUGGAGUUCUUGCUCUCGGAGGCGGUGCAGGGGCAGGAGAUGUACGCGCCCCACUCCAUCCGGCUGGAGGGGGACAUCACUCUGGGCGGCCUCUUCCCCGUCCACGCCAAGGGGCUCCAGAGCGUGCCCUGCGGGGACAUCAAGAAGGAGAACGGCAUCCACAGGCUAGAGGCGAUGCUGUACGCCCUGGACCAGAUCAACAGUGACCCGGACCUGCUGCCCAAUGUCACGCUGGGUGCGCGCAUCCUGGACACCUGCUCCCGAGACACCUACGCGCUGGAGCAGUCGCUCACCUUCGUCCAGGCUCUCAUCCAGAAGGACACCUCCGACGUGAGGUGCACCAACGGGGAGCCACCCGUUUUUGUCAAGCCAGAAAAAGUAGUUGGAGUGAUCGGGGCGUCGGGAAGUUCGGUGUCCAUUAUGGUGGCCAACAUCCUCCGGCUGUUCCAGAUCCCACAAAUCAGUUAUGCCUCAACUGCACCAGAGUUGAGUGAUGACAGGCGCUAUGAUUUCUUCUCACGCGUGGUUCCUCCAGAUUCCUUCCAAGCACAAGCAAUGGUGGACAUUGUGAAAGCUUUGGGAUGGAAUUAUGUGUCAACUUUGGCAUCUGAAGGGAAUUAUGGAGAAAAAGGAGUCGAGUCCUUCAUGCAAAUUUCCAGAGAGGCAGGUGGGCUCUGCAUUGCUCAGUCCUUGAAAAUCCCGCAGGAUCGCAAGGACAAGACCAUCGACUUUGAUAAAAUCAUCAAGCAGCUCCUAGAAACUCCCAAUGCCCGGGCCAUCGUUAUUUUUGCCAACGAUGAAGACAUAAAGCAAAUCCUUGCAGCUGCUAAGAGGGCGGAUCAAGUUGGUCACUUCUUAUGGGUGGGCUCGGACACGUGGGGCUCUAAGGUGAGCCCAUUACUUCAGCAAGAGGAUGUCGCUGAGGGAGCUAUCACCAUCCUGCCCAAGCGAGCGACCAUAGAGGGGUUCGAUGCCUAUUUUACCUCCCGCACCCUGGAGAACAACAGAAGGAAUGUGUGGUUUGCAGAGUACUGGGAGGAAAACUUCAACUGCAAGUUAACGAUCAGUGGGUCAAAGAAGGAAGACACGGACCGUAAAUGCACAGGACAAGAGAGAAUUGGCAAGGACUCCCACUAUGAGCAGGAGGGGAAGGUCCAGUUUGUGAUCGAUGCUGUGUACGCCAUGGCUCAUGCGCUGCACCACAUGAAUAAGGACCUCUGUGCCGACUACCCAGGGGUCUGUCCUGAGAUGGAGCGUGCAGGAGGCAAAAAGCUGCUCAAGUACAUACGCAGCGUUAACUUCAACGGCAGUGCUGGCACUCCAGUGAUGUUCAACAAAAACGGUGAUGCACCAGGGCGCUAUGACAUCUUCCAGUAUCACACCACCAACACCAGCACCCCGGGCUACCGCCUCAUCGGCCAGUGGACAGAUGACCUCCAGCUCAACAUCGAUGAAAUGCAGUGGGGCAAAGGAGUGCGUGAAGUCCCAUCCUCAGUCUGUAGCCUGCCUUGCAAGCCAGGAGAGAGGAAGAAGAUGGUGAAGGGGAUGCCGUGCUGCUGGCACUGCGAGCUCUGUGAUGGCUAUCAAUACCAGGCUGACGAAGUGACUUGUCUGCUCUGCUCAUACAAUGAACGGCCCAACGAGAACCGAACAGGAUGCCGUUCGAUACCCAUCGUGAAGCUGGAGUGGCACUCGCCCUGGGCUGUGAUACCCGUUUUUUUGGCUAUGCUGGGAAUUAUCGCCACCAUUUUUGUCAUGGCAACGUUCAUCAGAUAUAACGACACUCCCAUUGUGAGGGCUUCUGGGAGGGAACUCAGCUAUGUCCUGUUAACAGGGAUAUUUCUGUGCUACAUAAUCACAUUUCUGAUGAUUGCCAAACCAAAUGUUGCUGUGUGCUCCUUCCGGCGUAUCUUCUUGGGCUUGGGGAUGUGCAUCAGCUAUGCAGCCCUGUUAACUAAAACAAACCGUAUCUACCGCAUAUUUGAACAGGGCAAAAAGUCAGUGACAGCACCUAGGCUUAUAAGCCCCACAUCACAGCUGGCGAUCACAUCAAGUUUGAUAUCUGUUCAGCUUCUAGGUGUCUUUAUUUGGUUUGCAGUUGACCCACCUAACAUCAUCAUAGAUUAUGAUGAGCAGAAAACUAUGAACCCUGAUCAAGCCAGAGGAGUUCUCAAAUGUGACAUUACGGAUCUACAAAUCAUUUGUUCCUUGGGUUAUAGCAUUCUUCUAAUGGUUACAUGUACUGUGUAUGCCAUCAAGACUCGGGGUGUCCCAGAGAAUUUUAAUGAAGCUAAACCCAUUGGAUUCACAAUGUACACUACCUGUAUAGUAUGGCUUGCCUUCAUUCCAAUAUUUUUUGGCACUGCCCAGUCAGCCGAAAAGCUCUACAUACAAACUACCACACUUACAAUAUCCAUGAACUUAAGUGCUUCAGUGGCCCUGGGGAUGCUUUACAUGCCGAAGGUGUACAUCAUCAUCUUCCAUCCCGAGCUAAACGUCCAGAAACGGAAACGCAGCUUCAAGGCUGUGGUCACAGCAGCAACCAUGUCAUCACGGCUCUCACACAAACCCAGCGACAGACCCAACGGUGAAGCCAAAACGGAGCUGUGUGAGAACGUAGACCCAAACAACUGCAUACCACCAGUAAGAAAGAGUGUUCAAAAAUCUGUUACUUGGUACACUCUUCCACCUACUGUAUAGCUUUUGCCUGCUUUCCAAAAAGGCCCUGCUGCAAAAAAGAAGUACGUCAGUUAUAACAACCUGGUUAUCUAGUCCGUUUUGCCAUGUGGGGUGGAGGACAGGUGAGGAAUUUCAUCCACCGCUGGCACAGACCUCCUCCCGAGCUGCGGGGUGUCCGCCUUGGGAGGGGCGAGGGCACGGCGACGCUGCGGGAAAGCGUGAGAGGAGCCCCGCGCUCCCAACGGCUGCUCCCUGAAAUAUCCUUCAUCGCUCUCGGCUUAGUACGUCGCUGGCACUGCUGUUGGCCGUGGCCUUGGACCUGCUCCGGCCGUGGGAGCCACCGUGCCCACGCGUCCGGCUGCAGCACGGGAGGACGGGCUCCCCAGGGUGGGCUGCGUUCAGCUGCAAGGACUUUAAGGGGCUAAUUCUGUCUUUCUAUGUACUUCCAGACUGCAAGUUUUUGAACUUUCUGUACAGUUUGUGAGGAUUUUUGCAUAUUGCCAUCCAUGUUGUUCGAGUUCACUGUUUGUUUUUUGAAUGCACAGUUUCAUUGAGGCCCUAUUCUCUCAGACUUAGCACAUCUAAAAAAAAAAACCAACAACUAAGGAUUUAAAAGAUCUAUGUACAUGACUUGUAUGAUUACAAUUGUAUCACUGCAAUCCAUAAACAUUAUUUUUUUUUUUAACCAAACAAACAAAAAUUACUUUAAAGACCAAAAACUGUGCUGGCGAAGUUAGUCCCCCUCCCCUUCACAACUCUGAUGGCCUGCAGAGGAAGCAGAAAGGAUUUUUGCUGAGUUUUAGUAGAGGUCUUGAUAUUUGGAAUGCAUGCCAGUAAUGUAUUUUAUGGUACAUGUUAAUAAUUUAUGUUUGAUAUUUGUAUUUGUGUUCUAUUUUGUUAUUUAAUUUAAGGUAUAUGACUAUUUUGCAAUAAUUUCAAUAAUUCUUAUGAUAUUUGGAAGAAAGAUUAUGGCUUUUACAUGUCUUGAGGUUUUUUUUUUCUUUGUUGAUGCCCCACCAUGAUUGACCAGUGUGAUAAGGACUUAAAAAAAGCAUGUAUGUUUUAUACUGUUUGUAAUAAGUAAUUUCGUUAAUCUUGCUGCUUAUGUGCCAAUUUAGUGAAACCAAUCUUUGCCGCAAACUCCUCCCUUCCUUUCCAUUCUCUCAAUCCUGUGAUAUUAUCCAAGAAUGUAUCAAUAAAGGUUUUUGGUUAACUUUUUUUAUUUACUCCAAUAAAUAUAUUUUUUCAGUUGUUCCCUUCCCCUUCCCCCUUGUGACUAAAGUUUAUUUCACGAUGUUGUCACAUGUGGACAUCCGAAAACCUGACACAGAGGUACUUCAGGCUUUGUGCAUAAAGAGUGGGUCUGGAGAAGAUCUUAGGGAAACUGGAUGCUAACUUGAAAAAAAACCAAACAAAACCAACCACAAAAGGUGCUUUUUUUAAGCACCCCCAAAAGCCAAGUUACAGUCACACAAAGAAGUCCCUCCUAUCUGCUUGUGAUGGUCUCCAAAGCUGUCUUCAACUGUUAAGUCAUCUUUAUGACCUUGAAGGAUAUUAUGUUCCAUAGCACACCAGCAAGCAAUUAAAUGAAUGACUAAUCAAAAUCAAUCUGCCAGGCAACUGUUGAGUGAUCUGGGGGGCAAAACGGAAAAGUUUAGGCAAGAGGUGAGAGGAAACGCAUUCCAAUUGCAGCGCGGCACCUGUGUGUUGCCUUGGGCAUAUUAACAGCAUUUUGGGUGCAAUGUGACAAUUACUUUGGAAAGUAUUUAGCCUCCCGUUUUCUCUAGACAACUUGAUCAAUUAUACUGAUGAAGUUAAUUAGCAUCAAAAGAAAAUUUGACAGCUGCAACAUGGGCCACAGUGCAUAGUGAUGAAGACCUCCAUGUCAGACUGACUGCUCAACGCAUGCAAGCAUGGGGGCUAGAUAGAUGUUUGCAAGGUCUUCUUGUUGUUUUACUAUUCAUAGAUAUAAUAGUGAAUUACAGCAGCCAAAAAAAAUGAAAUUCAGGGUAAGAAAAUAUUUUGUUAGCAAAAAAUUAUCAACCCAACAAAUAAUGAAAGCAGAGUCUCUGCAAUAUUAUCCUUUUUCUAUAUAUUGCCCAUAAACACAAGGACAGAGACAGCAUUGGGCUAAAUAAGUACACUACUAUCAAACAGAUUCUUGUUCAAUGACCUUGGGUUUUUUUCUGAAUGGGCAAAAAAAAUAGUUUGUUGGUUUGGUUUUCACUUUUUUUGGAGUAGGGGGAAAUGAGGUGGAAGGAAGAAAUGGUGCUUCUUGGGUUUGAUUUCUUUACUAUCUUCUCCCAGCUCAUUUUGCAUUUGAUCCAACACAGAAUAAAACCUGAGCCUUCCAUUUUUCUGCUUGUUUUGUGUUCAAUAUGUGUGUGUGGGCAUACACACACCCACCUCUCGCAUGCAUGCACACGGCGUGUGUAUAGCAACUACAAGCCUUUGGUUCAUGAUGUGCGUUGUUCGUUAAAGGUUAUGAUGUUUUAUACAUCUGACUGGCAUUUGGGGCUGAAUUUCUUCUGAAUGUGCACAGACUCAACAUCAAAGUUCUCUACUCAUUUACUUCAGGUUAACACAUAGUCAGACCUAAAUGAUUUAUCCAUGCUGAAUGGCUUUCUAGUUUGAGCACUGCCUGAAAAACUAAGUAAAUCAAGGAGGCAUGAAAAGCCUGCAAAUAUUUAAUGUAUAAAAGUACUACUUGGCAUAUGCUUGCUUUGAUUUGUGUCAUUCACCAGUGUCUUCUACAUCCAGGUCACUGGUGAAGCCAGUGCAGGCAAGGUCAUAUGGUUAUAGUUCUUCUACUAGGACAACUGAAAGUUCAACCAGCUUAUGACUGGCACUCAGUGUAGAAUUAAAGGAGGCAGACCUAUGCUCAUACAUCUCUAUUACACCUAACUAUAUGAUAAAAUACAUUAAUCGUUGUAUCUAUACAUGUAUAAAUCUCCUUAUAUGCAUAACCUCCUCGUGUUAUGUAUGUACAUAAACAUAAUUUAUAAUCAAAAUACAACCAUGCUUGUAGUAAAAUACUUAUGGAUUAAUUUUGAUAUUUAAUAAUAUUAAUGCAAUAGUAAUUUUUUUAAUCACCUCUAACUCUCUGUCUAUGUAUUAAAACUCUUCAGUGAGUCACUGAGCAAGGCACUUUUAACAGCUUUAACAGAUGAAAAUAUUGCAUAUAGACUGUUAAUUGUUUUUUUAUUCCACAAGCUACACCAUGCUAUUAAACCCACACAGCAUAUUUUGAAACAAACAAACAAUAAAGAGCCCCUAGCUCCAUUUAAAGUCCUUUAUUUUACAGUUGACUCUACUUAGCGUUAGUGCAAUAUUACUGUUGUUUUCAUAACACCUUCAUCUUAAUGUCCUUUGACUACAUAUUGGCAUUAUGAAACUGGUUUUGGUCCCUUCAGUGUGUGCUUAUACCUGUGAAAUGAACAGAGGCAAAUGUAUCUGGCCCGUUGCAUGUUUUAUGUUGUGUAAACGAUAGCUGUCCAGGAUGGGGUGUUUCAUGAGUAAGGAUUUGGCACACAGACCUCAGGCUGUAUAGAGCAGAGAAGUGGUUACUUGAAGUAAGUGUAUAUAGAGUAAGAUGUGACUGUGGGCUCUGCACCUCCUUGGAAACCCAUCCUUCAGCUGAAAGUGAUUCAGCCACCCAAGUCACAGCCAUAACUCCCCAACCUCCCUGAGGUGCUGCUGACACGGGAAGGCAGAUCAGCUACUCGUAUGUGUACUCAUGCUCGGGCUCUGGAACACAUCUAUAGCACAACACUCAACAGAAUAAAUUCUUCCAGUCUCAUCAAGAUGAACAUGCUGUGAAAAAUGCCUGUGUGAUUGCGCUAGGCAAAAAUUGUGAAGAAUGGGAGUGAUUUUUUUUGUUGUUGCAAUUUAUUAUUUAGUCUGAAUUAUACUCAAAUUGUUUUGGUAUGUUAAUGCCAAGUUUAUUGUUCAUAAAUAUCAUUGCAGAGUUAAGAUUUCUGGGCAUGCUAUAUGAUAGAUAAUGACAAUUAUUUAGGCUGAGUCAGAGCUUAGUAUUCAUUUGUGACAUUAAUUGCCUUUAUAUAUAAUUAAAUGCACUAUAAUGCUUCCAUAUACGGAAUCUGUGCAUCCAUGAAAGUGCUAAUCAAACAUAUUUAUUAAUUUCUAAGAGAGCUUUCUGUAAAGGCUUUGAUGCAGUUGAGUGUUUUUUGGUAAACAGUCUUUUUGAUAAAAUGUUUAGCAAAAUAUUUUGAUAAUUGCUUUUUGUGCUACAGGCAUAAUUAAUAUUAUUUAUAAUAAAUUAAUAAAGCCAAGGGGUGAGACACUGCUUCCAUCCUGCUCAGCGAACGUUUUGACUCCCACAGAGUCAGAAUUACACCACCAGCUGUCAGCAU